AUGUCGAUCGAUGUUGACAAUUGCGUGUCGCGUGUAAUUCACGCGCUUCCUAAUGUAUCAGCACUUCCUACAAAAAUGAAUAAACUGAACAUCGGUAAUAGCGGCGUUGAAUACUGUACAAAAGUACAAAGUGCAUUUCCAUGGGGUCUAUUCUCACCUAAUGUGAUUUAG